AAAAAUUCCACGUGUUCCUAUUGACAGGUGAUCGUAUGGUUCGGAACCGCACUAAAUAAAUUAAAAAUCUUAUCUUCUCGAAAUCAAGCAUCUGAAAUUCUUGGUUACUCGUAAUCUGAUUGAAUAAACGAGUUCCGAGUAUUUUUCGAGAGUAAUUUAGUUGUGUUAUCGUUUUAAAAUCGAAUAAUAUGUAAAUAAAAUGGAGCCGAGAAGUGGCCGAACUGCCAUGACAGAUUUAGAGCGUCCAUCCAGUUUUGGGACCCGUAGAAAAGUUUUCGUACGAUGCGAGUUCCCUAAGGACGCAUUCCCGGAAAGUCGGUGAUGAGGCGGUCCGUUUAAGUGCCCGGAUUCAUUUCGGCCGGUAUUCGUCGCGAAAGUAAUUCAGUUUAGUACGGUAUUUCGUGUUUGACGUGUGCUUCCCAACGGCAAAUGGCCGAACGCCAUUGCCAGCCGCGUUCGGAGGAAAAAUGAGAUUAUUCAACAAUUGUGUCCCGUAGAAACGGUCCUAGAUGUUUUCAAUGUUGCCCGGAGUAAAAUAGCGAUCAGGAUGGUUGUUGAUGUUCUCGCGAAGCCCUACGUGAGCAAAAUGCAACCGGCCGGCAUGAACCCCAGAGAACUGUCGGAAAACGACGAUCUGGCGACGUCUUUAGUCCUUGACCCAUACCUCGGCUUCAUCACGCAUAAGAUGAACAUUCGAUAUCGACCGUUGCGAGUCAACAACGACGAGUUGAAACGCAUCGUCGCUGAAUUCAUUCGCACCCAAAACUAUGAGAAAUCUUUCGCUCGCAUUCAAAAGGGCGAUUGGAUGCCCAGACCGAAAUCCAAAAACCAACAAAAAAGACUUGAGGAACAUAUUUAUAGAUAUUUAAGAGUAUUUGAUAAAGAUUCCGGUUUUAUGAUAAAACCAUGCUAUCGUUAUUCAUUAGAAGGUCAAAAAGGAGCAAAAAUAUCAGCCACAAGAAAGUGGUACAAAAACGAAAAAAUCGAAUGUUUAGUGGGUUGUAUAGCAGAAUUAACCGAAGAAGAAGAAAAAAUGUUAUUACACCCAGGAAAAAACGACUUCUCUGUAAUGUAUAGUUGUAGAAAAAAUUGUGCUCAAUUAUGGUUGGGCCCCGCAGCUUACAUUAACCACGAUUGUCGGGCAAAUUGUAAAUUUGUCGCGACCGGAAGAGACACAGCAUGCGUAAAAGUACUUAGAGACAUAGAAGAAGGUGAAGAAGUCACAUGUUUCUAUGGCGAAGAUUUUUUCGGAGAUAAAAACUGUUACUGUGAGUGUGAAACGUGCGAAAGACGCGGAACUGGGGCGUAUGCAAAAAAUUGCGAGAAAAAAGAAGAAAACGGGUAUCGAUUACGCGAAACGGACAAUCGUAUUAAUCGUACCAAACGGAAAUCGCAACCGUCGAACGGACACGUUCAAAUGGGGAAAAUCAUCGCGCCUUUAAGUAUUAAAGAGUUACGUCAGAAAGGUUUGACGAAGUACGACGCGGAAAUGUUGAUAGCGCAAGGUUGUAAAUUUACCGAUAUCAAUGAUUUUCAAAAGAAAAAUAGCGGUGUUACGGAAAUGACGUUGAGGGAAAAAAAGAAACAACCCGAAAAGAAAGUUGUUAAUGGGGUUAGUAAUCAUGUAGAUAGCAAAUUAUCCAGGGCUUCGAGGUUGCAAAGACGACAUGCCAGGCAAGCGAAUCAAGAAUUAAUGGAACUUGAGAAUCGAAACGUUUCAAUUUCUAAUUUAUUGGAUGAUUUACAGAGUAAUGCUAGUAGUAGUACUGGGUAUAGUGAUCAUGAUCUUAUAUCUGAAGGUGCUCAGGAUAAAAAGAAAUUUAAUGAUAGUCUUGAAGGUGGAAAAACUAAUACAGAUCCUGUUACAACUUCUGGCAUAACAUUACGUAGCAGUCGUAGAUUAUUAGAACCACCUACAGAAGUAACCCAAACAACUCAAAAAUUAGAUCAAGAUAUAGAUUGUAAUCAAAAUGAUAAAACCUCUACGACAGAAGAUGAGAAUUUAACGAAAAAGGUUGAUCGAAUAACAACACGAUCAAGUUGCUCGCUACCAACCACUGCCAAUAAUUCCGAAUUUGAUUCGGAUUCAACUAAAACCAUAAUCGACCUUCAAUCUUCAAAUGAAACAUCAUCAGAACUAGCGGUGGAAGUUCCCGAAACUGUUGUAGACGCAACAUCAACGACUUCCGUUAAUAUUAAUAACGUUGAUGAAGAAAUUGUAAUUGAUCAACCGGAUGUUGGUUUAGAUACUGCCAUAGAUGAUAAUAAAAAUUUAGAAAAUGAUAAUAAAGAGGAAAACCACCAAAUGGUUGUUUAUAAUAAUGAACAAACGGUAGAAAAAAUUGUCGAAAAAACUCCGGAAAAAUGUGGACGAUUAAAAUUAACUUUACGCAUGAAACGUAGUCCGGUUUUAGAUGAAGUAAUCGAGUCGGGAAAUAGUUUAAGUGAGGACAGUUAUGAACCGGAAUACGAAGUUUUAAGGGUUGAAGGUGUUGAGACAACAACGCAUCAUUCGUUUUCUCACCGAAAAAAACGACACAAAUCGAAAGAUAGGAAACGGGAUAAAAUUCGAAAACAAGAAUUAGUUGUGACAAAUCCACCAAUGAAACGUUUGAGGCUCAUUUUCGGGAACGAAACCCACACCAUCGAUAUCCCGUCCACUAGCACCGAUUAAUUAAACUAAUUAUCAUUAUUUUUUAAAUCUAUUUAUGUAUAAACGUUGUGGAUUUUUUUUUCUCUGUGGAUUAUUCUCCAACGUUAGAAUGGUUGGAAAAAAUGUGAAUGUUUAAUUCAUUGUAUUACAUUUCUUAUUUUUUGUUUACAUUUAUUUUUAAAUGUGAUUAGAUAUCGCAAAGUGAUAAAGAUUUUUUUAAAUAAAGAAAUAUAGGUUUCUCCAAGUGGAAAUAGAUCUGAAUUAAUAAAAGUUCAUUAAAAUAUUAUAAUAAUAAAUAUUAUUGUAAUAAUUAACUUGGAGAAAAAACCUCGUAUGAUAACUAAAAAGAUUAUUUAUUUUUAAAUAAUGAUUUAAACUAUAUAUUUAGAUGCAAUAUAGAAUAAAACUGCACGUUUUAAAAGCGAAAUGAAAAUAAAAACUAUUCUAAUAUUGUAAUUAGUGCAAAUUUACUAUUUUUAUUUGUGUCUAUGUAUAUGUUGAGUUAUAAUUUUGUAUUUUGUCAUUCAUCACUGUAUAUUAAUAAGUUAUCUUUGCGAUAUUUUGUAAAUAGUUACUGUACAUACUGUUCCAACUAUACAAGACAUUCCAAAAGAAUCAAUAAAAGCUAACUAAGUAAUAUUUAUAACAUUAUCACUAUUACAUAGUUAAGAAUCUGAUUAAAAAAAAUCUUUUUUGAAAUGUUUUGUAUAGUUCUUUUUAUAAAUGUAGCGAAAAAUUGUUCAAUAUAAUCUUUCAAAUACUAUGUGAUAUAAAAAAAAAUCAACAAAUUAAUUAAGCAGUAUUGUAGAUUUUUUUUUCGCUUAUUUCGUCUAUUUUUUUAUUAGGCAAGAGGCAAGUAAUAUAAUCAUCUUUUUUUAUACACUUGAAAACGAAAAAAAAAAGUAAUAAUAAUAAAUAAACUAGACAAUUUUUAUGUAGAUAAGUUUACAGCAAAGAGACAUUGUAAUUAAUUUAUUUUUAUUUUAAUAAAUCCCUUUCAAAUUCGUUUA